CAGUGAUCGAUCGAUUGAUCGAUCUAGAGCGCAGCACGGCCGGCGCCAUGACGGAUGCGACCGACGACAUUGCGGAGGAGAUCUCUUUCCAGGCGUUUGAUGACGAUUGUCAUCUGCUGGGGAAUCUGCUCAACGAUUGCCUCCAGCGCGAGGUCGGGCCGCGGCUUAUGGAGAAGGUCGAGCGCGUGCGGCUUCUAGCGCAGAGCGUGUGCAACAUGCGGACUGUUGGGGUCGAGGAGGCCGCGCUGUGGCUCUCGAAGCAAAUCGAGAAGGAGCUCUUGAAUAUGUCUGUGGAUGAAACAGUGCCGCUGGCAAGAGCCUUUAGUCAUCACUUGAGUCUCAUGGGAAUCGCUGAGACGCAUCACCGCGUCCGGAGGAAUAGGAUGGCAUCCCAUCCAUCAAAGUCGUGUGACGAUGUUUUUAAAAGGCUCAUCCAAUCGGGAGUUUCUCAAGAUGAUAUAUACAAUGCGGUGUCUAAUCAGGAAGUCGAAAUAGUACUGACUGCUCAUCCAACACAAAUCAACAGGCGGACGCUCCAAUACAAACACGUUCGCAUCGGGCAUCUUUUGGAAAGAAACGAUCGGCAGGAUUUAACUCAUGAAGAGAAGGAGCUGCUUAUUGAAGAUUUGGUGAGAGAGAUCACUUCUUUGUGGCAAACGGACGAGUUAAGGCGACGAAGGCCUACACCUCUGGACGAAGCUCGCGGAGGGUUGCACAUUGUUGAGCAGACUUUGUGGCGGGCGGUUCCUCAAUAUUUACGAAGAAUCAGCACGGCCUUGAAGAAACAUACAGGAAGACCGCUGCCUCUAUCGUCGACGCCAAUCAAGUUUGGCUCGUGGAUGGGCGGAGACCGAGAUGGAAAUCCACAUGUGACUGCAAAAGUGACCCGAGAUGUUUGCUACUUGGCGCGAUGGAUAGCUGCAGACCUUUACCUGAGGGAAGUGGAUAGCCUGAGGUUCGAAUUGUCCGUGAGUAAUUGUGACGAGAAGCUAGCUCAAUUUGCAUAUGACAUAGUUGCAGAAGAUCGAGAACAUGAGCACGACCAUGAUGAACAUCAUGAAAGAUGUUACCACAGAGCGUAUGGAAGGCACGGAGAGUUUUUUGCAUCCAGCGUCCACUCCAAUCUCCCAGCUGGUGCAGAUAUACCCGCAUGCUCUGAUCCAGACGGUGUUGCUGAACUGCCUGUUCUAGAACUUCCAAUCAAGGACGACAUAGACAUGCAAACAACUUACCAGGCUUCCUCCAACACCACAACAGCGCUACAGUCGAAUGAGUCGUCUCCAAGUGCUGUGAAAGCGGAGAUAAUGAGGGAUAGUAUUCAACACGAUCAAGAAUCACCGGCAUCGCCAACUAGAGCAGCCACCAUUCUCGCAGCGGCCAUCUCGGCUGGCAUUCGGAAAAGGACAGGCACAGAUUCAAUCAGUAAAUCUAGUGUUGAUAAACUACUGAAUCCUAGUGCGACGGGUCGGCCUGAUAUUGCGCCAUAUAGAGUGGUGCUUGGUCACAUCAGAGAGAAGCUCGUGAACACUCGCCGUCGCAUGGAGGAGCUCUUGGACGACUUACCUUGCGAUUAUGAUCCUAGCGAAUUCUACGAAACUCCAGAACAGCUCUUGGAGCCAUUAAUGCUUUGCCACCGAUCAAUGGAGUCUUGUGAAGCCGAAGUGCUAGCGGACGGGCGCCUUACAGAUCUUAUUCGGCGUGUGUCAAUAUUUGGAAUGACACUGAUGAAACUCGAUUUACGUCAGGAAGCUGAGAAACACUCCGAGGCUUUGGACGCAAUAACAAAGUUUCUCGACAUGGGAACGUAUAGCGCGUGGGAUGAAGAUAAAAAGCUAGAUUUCCUAACGAAGGAGCUCAAAGGGAAAAGGCCUCUUGUCCCGCCAACGAUUGCAGUUUCUUCGGAGGUUCAAGAAGUUCUCAACACCUUUCGGGUUGCAGCAGAAUUAGGAAGUAACUCCCUUGGAGCAUACAUUGUCUCAAUGACAUCUGAGGCUAGUGACGUUCUUGCUGUUGAGCUGCUCCAGAAGGAAGCUCGUCUUGUAGUGAGCGGCGAGCUUGGCAAGCCCUGUCCUGGAACAUCGCUUCGGGUAGUUCCAUUGUUUGAAACUGUAAAAGACUUGAGAGACGCAGGCACGAUAAUUAGGAGGCUUCUGUCUAUUCCGUGGUACCGUGAUCAUUUGGUUACAAAUCACCAGGGACACCAAGAGGUGAUGCUGGGUUAUUCUGACUCUGGCAAAGAUGCUGGCCGUUUCACGGCGGCUUGGGAACUGUACAAAGCUCAGGAAGAUGUUGUCGCUGCAUGCAAGGACUACGGGAUAAAAUUGACUCUGUUCCAUGGCCGAGGAGGAAGCGUUGGACGGGGUGGCGGGCCUAUGUAUCUCGCUAUUCAAUCACAGCCUCCUGGCUCCGUAAUUGGAACUCUGCGUAUAACCGAGCAAGGAGAGAUGGUGCAGGCGAAGUUUGGCCUUCCACAGACUGCUUUACGUGAAUUGGAAAUCUACACGACGGCUGUUCUUUUGGCAACGUUAAACCCUCCAGACUCGCCCCGGGUUAGUUGCUGGAGAACGGUCAUGGAACAGAUCUCCGACGUCAGUCGCCAACAUUAUCGCAAUGUCGUCUACGAGAAUAAGGAGUUUCUGCAUUACUUCCAGGAGGCAACCCCAGAAUCCGAGCUGGGAAACUUGAACAUUGGCAGCAGGCCGACGAGGCGAAAAAAGUCUGGCGGCAUUGGACAGCUGAGGGCCAUACCUUGGAUAUUUGCAUGGACGCAAAGCAGGUUCGUUCUUCCGGCAUGGCUGGGGGUGGGGAAGGGACUGGAGGCAGUCAUAUCGCAGGGAUAUAUACAGGAACUUCAGGCCAUGUAUCGCGAGUGGCCGUUUUUCCAGUCUACGAUAGAUCUUAUUGAGAUGGGGUUGGCAAAAGCAGACACAGCCAUUGCGAAGCAUUAUGACGACUGGUUAGUGAAUCCAGCGAGGCAGACACUCGGACAAGAGCUGCGGGACGAGUUCCACAAGACAGAGAGGUGUGUUUUGGAAGUGAGUGGGCAUCACAGGCUAGCGGAGAACAAUAAAACGCUGAGACGUUUGAUCGAAAGUAGGCUGCCGUACUUGACGCCUCUCAACAUGCUACAAGUGGAGGUGUUGAGGCGUCUGAGACAGGAUCAGGGCAACCAGAGGCUUCGUGAUGCUCUUCUCAUUUCGAUAAAUGGCAUAGCUGCUGGUAUGCGGAACACUGGCUGA